GCCCUUUCCGAGCGCGCCCCGCCCCCGCACCCCCGGGUCUCCACUGCCGGCGACCCCGAGGCGCCUCGGAGGGAAGCGCGCAGGGCAGAGUCCGGUCAGGCCGGCGGCCGCCGCGGCGAUCCCCGGGGGCCCAGGCGAGGAGGACGCUCUCCUCGGACAGCUGGAUGUGCGAGGUCGGGACGCGCCCCGCACUGGCCGCCGGCGAGCGAGGGGGCGGGGAGACCCCGCCGGCCAGCGCGCUCUCGCCGCCCAGCUUCGCGGCCGGAGACAAGUGCCGGGAGAUGGGAGAACAGCCCAUCUUCACCACCAGAGCACAUGUCUUCCAAAUUGACCCCACCACCAAGAAGAACUGGGUCCCUGCAAGCAAACAAGCUGUAACUGUUUCCUACUUCUAUGACAGCACAAGGAACAGCUAUCGAAUAAUCAGUGUGGAUGGAACCAAGGUGAUUAUAAAUAGCACCAUCACACCUAACAUGACUUUCACGAAAACAUCCCAGAAGUUUGGCCAGUGGGCUGAUAGCAGAGCCAAUACUGUGUUCGGCCUGGGUUUUUCUUCGGAGCAGCAGCUGACAAAGUUUGCUGAGAAGUUUCAGGAGGUGAAAGAAGCUGCCCGUCUGGCCAGAGACCGGUCACAAGAAAAAAUGGAAACUUCCAGUAACCAUUCCCAAGAAUCAGGGCGUGAAACUCCAUGUUCUACCCGAGCAUCCAGUGUGAAUGGAACAGAUGAUGAAAAAGCAUCACAUGGUGGUCCUGCUGAUGCACAGCUAAAAAUGGAAAAUGACAAACUCAAGAUUGCCCUUGCCCAGAGUACUUCCAACGUAAAGAAGUGGGAAACAGAAUUGCAAACGCUUAGGGAGAGCAAUGCAAGGCUCACGUCUGCUCUCCAAGAAUCCGCUGCUAGCAUAGAACAUUGGAAAAAGCAGUUUUCCAUUUGCAAAGACGAAAAUGAUCAACUUCGGAGUAAGAUUGAGGAACUGGAAGAGCAGUGCAAUGAAAUUGAUAAGGAGAGGGAUCGAAAUGCACAGCUUAGCAGGCGCCUUCAGGAACUGGAAACCGAACUUCAGGAUAAAGAGUUGGAAUUGGAGGAUCUUCGGAAACAGGGUGAAAUUAUACCUCAGCUCAUGACAGAAUGUGAAACUGUUUCUCAGAAAUUGCAGGCUGCUGAGAAAAGGAAUAAAGACCUUGAAGAGAAAGUCAGAUCUCUAAGGACGGAGGUGGAAGAGAGCAAACACAGGCAGAACAACUUGAAGACAGAGUUGCAGACAUUUUUAGAUGUACUAGAUGGAAAAAUUGACGAAUUGCAGGAUUUUCGGCAAGGACUCUCGAAAUUGGGUGUCGACAAUUAGGGGACAGCAACUUUCCCCCAUCCCAAAAUAAUAUUCGGUGUGUGUGUGUGUGUGUGUGUGUUCGAAACCUAGGUAUAUGUUUCUACAAAAAGUGAAAAGAUGGGUGUUCUUCCUUGCAAUGUGAUUUGUACAUAAAGGCUAAAGAUUUUAAUUUUUUUUCACUUCUUUUUUUUUCCCGUUCUAAAAAUUUCUCUUUGCUUCUUCCUUCCUUCCUUUCUUCAAGAAAGAGAUGACAGUUUUUUAAACUCUUACUGCACUAGCCCUUUGUGGGUUUGUGAACAGGCAAGGGAGGUCUCUUUUCUCAGGAGACCUGAACCUCAACCUACCUUAACAUGAAUUUGCAGUUACAGUAGGUGUUUCAGGGAAACUUAGAUUUAAGGCCUGCUGCAACUGUAGAAUGGAGACAUUUCCCCCUGUGCUCAGCUGCUGCAGAUUUAUGCCUUGUUCUGUAGUGCAGACAGCAGCGAGGAUGGAACAGAAUUCCUGGGAGCAGCCAUGGAGUAGCUACUGGAGUAGAUCUUCCUAGCCUUAAGGAACAAAUUGGAAAAGCCACAUUCAGAAAAUGUCUGUAUUGCACACCCUCUCUCUUUCUUCCUCCUCCUCCUCCUUGAAAUACCUGUGAGGCCUUUUUCUAGAGGAUUUGCCAUGUUCAAUAAUGUGCACUUAAAACCCAUUUUUUAGAUUGCAGCGUAUUAAGUGAAGGUUCCCCUGUCACUUUCGGCAGAAUGAAUGGGCACUUUAUGAUGCCCUUGGUGGUUUUUUUCUGGAAUUGUGGACGAUACGUUAGCUAUUACAGUAUGGGGAAAUUGGAGUCCUUUUAACUCAGCCCCCAAACUGAUGGCGGCAGGGUCAAUAGACGGUCUUCAGGAGUGGCCCAGCAGCCACUGUCUAUCACGAGGGGUUGGAGCAGAAUUGAUGUAUUCAGGAUAAAUGCAUUUAUUUUAAAACACA